AUGGACAACUCCAUGGACAAGGAGACAGAAGUGCAGCCUUCGUCGCAAAGUAGCACUGCCGAUGAACAGGAAUACGAUCCAGUCACAGCCAAUAGCACAGCAAGAGAUAAUGAAACCGAAGGGGAAGAUGACGAUGAGGAAGAAGCAGCGGACACUGAGGACGAAGAGGACGAAGAUGAUGACGAUGAUGAAGACGACCGGCAAUCUGUCGAUUCUAAUCCAAUUCAUAUAGAGUUGCAAGGCAUUGUCAAGUCAAUCAAGGGCUUCGAGAUCAAGGACUGGACGGAUCCAGCGAGACUUUUUGGAAAGGGGGCAACGCGAUGGUUGCAUAUUGGGGAGGCUUCGGAAAAGACAGGAGAUUGCAUUCUGCACUUUUUGAUGAAGGACGACGAUGCCACUCCGGAACAGAACAAGGAGCUGGCAAAGACUUUCAAACUGAUAGCCAAGUAUCACCCCCGGUUGUUGACUCUCCCUAACUAUGAAAACAUGACCCCGUUGUACAUUGCACUUAUUGGGCUGGAUCAUCUGGAUCGUUUACGCGUAUCGCGCAUCAAAAGGAGCCUCUUUCCUGCAAAGUUGUCGGAGAGGGCAGAAAAGCGGCUGGCAAAGGCCAUAGCAACUCCAUGCGGCUCGCAGAAUCAGAAUUGCUUGCAUUUGGCGCUGAAAAACAAGUUCCGUGACAGCUCUCUACUCGAGGCAAUGGUCCAACUUGCCAGUCAAAAAGCAAUCAAUGCACGGGAUAAUAGCAAUUGGACUUCAUUGCACCGCGCAGUUGACUAUCGACACUCGAGCGAGGAUACCUUGAAAAUUGUUCGACAGCUCAUCGCACGGGGCGAGUCACGGUGCGGGAAAUUUGAUGAUUCACAGCCAAGAUCCACAUUUGACGGAUAUGUAACCAUGGACAGAGAGGAGCUAUUUGUUUAUGAAUACCAUCUGAAGACCAGAGCCAGGAUGCUUGCUCCAGCAGCCUCGGCGACAUCAAGCAAGUUGGGCAGUAGGAAGGAUGUGGCUAGGGAAGAUAAAAAGCGAAUUGAAUCUGGCGAGAGGCAGUUGAAGGAUCCAAAGAAAGCGGCAGAGACCCAGGAACAACCCAGCAAGGAUGCGGGGGACGAAACGCCGCCUAAACCAGGCCUGGCUCGUGCUAACACCUCCCUUCAGCGGAGAACAGAUGGUCGAGCGAAGCUCAAACACUCGGCUGACAGCAGAAAGAAAAGCUCGAAGAAUUCCAGUAGCAAGGAAGCGGAGAGACGAGAGCUGUGGUUAGGGCAGAUAAGGGAGGAAUUGAAGUUGCAUUGCCUGCGAACCAGGUCCAUUGCCCAGGCAGAGCGCUUUCUGUACGGAUCCAACAAGGAAGGAAUACAGCUCUACUUUGAUUACAACGGUCUUCCGACAGAGAAUGCAGACGCGGUCACCUUUUAUGACAACUUUAAGGACACUCGCUUUGACGAAGUGCUGCAAUACGUGGAAUUUCCCCCUGUCCGGUUGUGGAAGACAGAAAUCCCACGUGGUGAGACUUUCCAGCGACACAAGGACCUCUUGCAAUCCAAAUCCGGUGGGCGCAAAGACCUUCUUUUCUUUUUUGCAUGGCUCAAGGACAAGAAAGUGAAGCACAUCAUCAACCUCACUGUCCACGACUUCGUCGAUCCGCACGAUGACGAGGUAAUUGAAGCCUGCCUCACUGGAUUCCGUGUUGAUGUUUUGGACUGGUUGAAGCCUGAUUUGGAUCCUGAAAUGCUUUGCAAUGCUUUUCCAGAUGUCAGAGAGUUGCAUCUGCGCUGGGGCGGAAACAACGCAAUCCUAAGGGCGUGGGGCGAGCCAGAGGGGCUUCGAGCUCUCAAAAACUUAGAGCACGUUUAUUUGUAUUACAACGAGGCCUCUGAUUGCUCACCGGCCAAAGUCGAAAGAUUCAAAGCACGUUUUGAGAUGCCCGCAUCAGUCUCGGCGUUGGCAAAGGAUGGUGACCUGGAAGACAAAGAAUCAAUUCUCGUUCCAACAAUUACAAGAGAAGCAGAUCAGGUUGAACAACCAUUGAACAUACCGAAGACUCGAAUUAGAGUUUCAAUACGUCAAAGUCAGACCGGUGAGACCUUUCGAGAGGCCGGGGCAAUAGCUUCCCCAGUGGUGGCCCCAGGCCAGUCGACGAUCACAGUGCAUAAGUGGCUAGAAAGCAUUGACACUUUCAACGACAAGCUGCGAACACUGAUGACAAGUCUCCGCAUGAAUUCUCACAAGGGGGACGAAGUAAGGGUGGCCCUGAUCGAUGACGGAGUCGACUUCUGCGAAAAAGAAUUUUGUGAGAAAAUAAUGCACGGCAAGAGUUUUGCUUAUUGUCAGCACGGCAAUCGACGCGAAAAGCAGUGGUAUGUAUCAGAGCUGGGGCACGGUACUGUCAUGGCCCACAUGAUACUUCGCGUCUGCCCGAUGGCCAGAAUCUACCCUAUCAAGCUAGACACGUUCCGAACCCCCAAAAAGAAACACAUGGAGAUUCGAACCGUCUCCGCAAUUCAAGGCAUCGAGGCCGCCGUCCGAAAUGAAGUGCAAGUCAUUGCAUGUCUUGGGCAGUCGAACAACCGAACAAAGAAGAGAAAAUUGCCAGACGAAGGUCAAUACUCGGGCGACCAUUACCCCGCCGCAUGGGGUUCUCACAAGUUCUUCCGUAUUGGAGCUUCUCAGGCCGAUGGACAUCCGUAUAGUCGGGUUCCGGUAAACCAAGUCCAUUACCUUUUCCCGGGUGUUGACGUUGUGCGGGCCAACAAGCGGGGCAUCAAACUCCGGAUCCUCGAAGAUAAUAUCGCCUUCACCGGCUCUUCAGUCUCGACGGCCUUAGCAGCGGGGCUUGCAGCAUUGGUACUGUGGUUUGCGAUUAUCGGUGCCAAAUACUCCCAAGAUGAAAACCAGACCGACGGUUUGGACUUCACCGACGUGAAAAAACUGCAGGACAUCAAGGAUAUGAAGCAGGCGUUCCAGAAACUCGGUGCCGGUCGGGUUCCAAACGACAAAUUCAUUGAGAUUUGGUCUGUUCUGGAGAGGCCGACUGAGUCGCUGAAGGAUCAUCACGGCCAUAACAAAGCUGAUGUCAGGGAGUCACGGCGGAUCAUCUUCAAUUUGGCGCGGAAUCUCGUAACCAAGUCCUGA